AUAAAAGUGUACCGCUUUCUCGCUUUCUUUUUUUCUCUUUAAUAUCAUUUGUUCUUGAAUUUCAUACUUGCUUUUCUCUUAUUUUUCUCACUCCUCCUGUCUGAUAGCGUAGACAUUUUCCCACUAUUUUUUUUCUUAUUUCAUCCCAAAAAGCUGCUUAAUUUUUUAUUUAGUUGUCCGCCCGCUUGGUCCAACAACAGCAUCAACAGCAUCAACAGAAGCAGCAUUAAAAAGACGUCAUUGUCAUUAAUAAGCAGUACCAAAGGCACGAGUAGUGCAGCUACCAGCUCGUUAUUUUUAUUAGACAGAGUUAGCGCCUUAUACAAAUGGAGCUUUCGCGCCGCACUGCGCCUGGAAUGGGCAUCCCAGUAAUGGAGACCAGCAAUCCCUCCCAGAACCUCGAGUCAAUUCUAAAUCGCAACACGCCGGCGACCUCUAUAUACCAAAAAAGCAUCAACCUUUUGGACAAACUGGCAUGCAUCGAUGGGUUCGAGCCAUAUAUGACAGCCAUGUUCGACGACGGCGCUCGCGACAUGAAGGAGGGCGCCCCCUAUCUCAACCCCAUUCAGCUACUCUGGGACACGUUCCGCCAGGGCACUAGCCUGUGUGUCAUCUACAACGCCUUGCAUCCGUCCGAGCUCCUGGACACCAGCCUGGACGAGACAAAGAAUAUUUUGAGGCAGCGCAAAGAACGCGUAUACCGCUUUGUCAAGGCCUGCAAGGAGACCCAGGCUGUGCGGGACGAGGACCUGUUUACAAUUUCGGAAUUGUUCAAGGAUGACACAAAUUCAUUCGUCAAGGUGCUAAAGACAAUUGAAAUCGUGGUCGAUGCCGUGCAGAGCCGUGGGCUGCUGGACACCGACCGUAUUGCGGAAAAGCCGUCCGCAAAGUUUGCUGAGGCCCAGCUCGGCCCGCCGCAGGAUAACCGCGAAAGAGUCGUCAAGGAGUUUGUCGAGACUGAGCGCAAAUACGUGCAGGACUUGGAAUUAUUGCAGGGAUACAUGGACGAGCUACAGAGAAAGAACAUCAUAUCCAGCGACACAAUCCGGUACAUAUUCGCCAACCUCAACUCGAUAGUCGACUUUCAGCGGCGCUUCCUGGUCGGCAUAGAGCCCUAUGUGCCAAAGUCACCCGAAGAGCAGCAUUUCGGCGAGCUCUUUGUGUCGAUGAAGGAGGGUUUUAUGGUCUACGAGCCGUACUGCGCUAACUACACGCGCGCAACCAAGUUGUGCAUAACCGAGCAAGAAGCUCUAAAGGCUCUCUCUCACAUAAUCGAUCCGCACUACGAGCUGCCAUCGAUGCUGAUCAAGCCCGUCCAGCGCCUCUGCAAAUACCCGAUGAUCCUGGAAGAGCUGGCAAAGUUCUACGAAAAGGGCACACCCAUCCACAUAGAGCUACGCGAGGGAAUCGCAGCCGUAAACAGCAUUGUCGAGCAGGUCAACGAGGCCUCGCGCAAGGAGGGCAACAUGUCUAUGGUCAGUGACCUCGAGGACCGCGUCGAGGACUGGAAGGGCUACUCAAUCUCGACCUUUGGCGAGCUCUACCUGCACGACAGCUUUGUUAUGUCAACCACGGGCGUCGAGCGCGAGCUCCUCAUAUACCUGUUUGAGAACAUCCUGAUCUGCUGCAAGGAGGUGACCGAGAAGGAGAAGAAGCGCAGCCAAAAGCACAAGUCCAACGCGCUGCAGCUCAAGGGCCGCAUCUUCCUCUUCAGCAUCCACAGCGUCGUCCACACUUGUCGGGAGGGCCAGCUAGGCCUGACAAUCUACUGGCGCGACGUUGUUAUGGAGAACUUUAGCCUGUCGUGCCGGUCCGAGGACCAGCUGAGGCUGUGGAAGACCACGAUGGAGAAGCUCAUUGCACGCACAAAGGAGAGAGCGUCGGUAGCUGAGCAGCUGUCCAACGCCAACGCUGCCCAAGCACUGCGCUCGACAGGCGCUGCCGCCAACGACUACGACAGCGAGGACGAGGUCAGCCCGGCUCGCCGCGGCAGGUACUCGGAGGGCUCGAGCCUGACAGCGGCCAUGCAGCACGAAAAAGCGCAGAGCGCGCUGGCGUACCGCAAGACCUACGACGGCAGCGUCGCGCGCAACCGCAACAACGCCAAGAAGCUUGCAGGCGACUACCAGGACGAGCUGACAGAAGGGGUUGAGCGCUCGGCAACAAUCUCUACGUUCAACAAGCGCCCGCCCAAUAGCGGCAGCAGCUUUGGCGACGUCCCCGACGCCAUCAGCCGCAGCCGGACAAGCCCGAUGCCCAGCAACGGCGGCUACUACAGCAACAACAUCAACGGCGAUGUGCCGCCCAUGCCCGUACCGCCGUUCCACCGCGCCGACGGGGACACCCUAGGCAAGAUGCACUCGCACAAGGCGCCAGGCACAAUCCACAUCAGCUCGCCAAUGCCAACGGCCUUCUCAUCGUCGAUCUCGCCCGUGUCUCCCGGCGGAUCUGCCUACCCGCAGAGCGCAAUAUCAGCAAUGUCUAACGUCGGCACGCCCGUGCCCUCGGUUUCCAGCACGCUGAACAUCAACCAGCAGCCGACAUCACCGGCAAAGGUCGUCAAGGUCAAGGUGCACUUCCACAACGAUAUCUACGUGGUCAUUGCCCGGCAUGAAAUGCUGUACAAGGAGCUGGUCGACCGCGUCGACAGGAAGAUCAAGAUCUGCGCUGGCCCGCAUGUGGGCAUCACCAGUGGCCUGGAAACUGAUAUUUUGUCCGCACCGCUACUGAACAUCCGCAUGCGGUACCAAGACGAGGACGGCGAUAUGGUCAUGAUUGGCUCAGACGAAGAUGUGCAAAUGGCCUUUGAGUCUGCCAAUGCCGCCAAAAUGGAUGACAGCUCAAUCGGUACUUUGAACAUAUUCGUGUCCAUUCAGUAAACUGCUCCCCCCCCCUUCAUUUCUUUUUUCUUUCGUUUUUUUGCCAGUGGCCAAAGGCGAGCUUUCCUUUCCUUUUCCUUUUUUCAUCAUCUAUGCUUUUUCUUUAUUUACCAGUGGGUCUUUUGUUUUUUUCUUGAGUCCAUAAUUUUAAUUUAACAUGUUCGUUUUUUGUAUUCGAAAAUAGCCGCCUCCCUUGG